AUGGCGGAAAUUGGGCUGGAUCUAGAACACUAUGCUGAAGCAUUGGGGGAGGCACACGCAAUCAUUCACUGUGUAGCCAAGUUCAAUGCUCAAGAUGUUGAGUUCGUGUUUGGAUCUGCGCUGUUCGUCAAAGAGGCCAUCAAGGAGGACUCUGUGUCAAUCAAAGACUCGAGCAUCAAGGAGGACUCUGAGCCAGUAUGGGCCAGUUCAUGGCAACCCAACAAUUCGACCGCCAGGGAGGCCUCUAUGCCCACGAACACCCCAACCGACCCACCACACAAAUACUACCCCAACCGACGUAUCCAGCUCUACUGCAUCGACUUCAACCAAUGCCAGCCCAUCCAAUUCAACGACGCCGGCCUAGCGAGUUGCUACAAAGCCAUCCGCACCAACGACAAGUACACCCCUCGACCGGCUGAUACGGUCCUUUAG